AAGAUAUCAAUAAUUAAUACAUUAACCGUAAAGGAAACUCAGGACCGGCAUACCAACUCGCUACCCAGGCCGAGUUACGGUGCCCCGAGUCAUCACCCGGCGGGUUACUACACCAACGACCGUUCACUGAGGAAUUCCUACGCUGGCCCGUCUUCGUCUUCGUCCCAAGCACCAGACUUCUACUUCAUGCCAUCACAGAGAAAGUACUCUGGGGAAAUUGUCAGGGUUUAUGUCGACUACAACCAGCAGCAUAAAUAGGAAGCAUCGUCAUCUCGUUUUUUUUUUUUU